AUGUCGAACUCCUGUGAAACAAGCUUCCUCACCGAAAUCCUCACCGACUUAUGGAUGUUUUGUAUUGAACUGCGGUACCGGUUUGAUGAUUCUUCCCAUGAACAGAUACCAUUCCAAAAAGACACUGGAGCCUUAACUGCGUUCUUCAGUGUAUUGAUGUAUGUAAUGAAACAUGCCGUUAAGGUAGUGAUGAUAAUUUUCAUGUUGAUUGGGUUCCUCAUUGGCACUCUUACCAUACCCAUCCAAUCCAUCAAGUACAUAUGGUUCCGCUGGUCCAAAAGUUUCGACACUGAAAGUGAAUCUGUCGGCUCCAAUCUACACUACGAAUAUGAAAUCAAAGGGCUAUGGGUCCAGUUCAUUAUCGACAUAUUGAUCACGGUGAUCUUCAACAUGCUAUUCUUUCAUUUCAUCUUUUUACCUAUUUACUGGGUUGUGGCCUACAAUAUCCAGCCUCUCGUAUGGUUUUUCUGGUAAGCUAUAUGGUACUGUUCAAAACAUAAUGAACGUAAUUCAUGAUUUUUAUUUUAUUUUAAUUAACUUACGCCAAAUGGGCAAUUUAAAAGUACGUUUUGAAGAAAAUAGAUUUGCUUACUCGGUGGCAGAAUAAGAGGUUGAAUUAUUUAAGUGGACAGAGGAAGGAAUGGAAUGGAUCUGCUUUAAAUCGCGGGCGUAGCGCCAAAAAUUACUAGGUGAAAUCAUAAGAAAAUGUUCCGUCCUUUGUAGAUAGGAUCUGUAAUCAGAUCUAGACCGGAGUAUGCAUUUAGCGUUUAAUUAGGAGAAUUAUAAAUAGUCUGAGAGUUGCUUAGACUGCUUAAAUAUUAUGUGUGUCUGUUUUUCUUAAAAAUGAGGUUCUUAAGAUUAUUAGUAGCCCAGCAAGGGAAUUUGGGUUCGACAAAUAUCUUGAGUGGUACAAAUUUACCGAUAGCAUUAAUUAAAGCAUCAUUAAAUACCACAGCAGCAUUCUCAAUAGAAUAUUCUGAGAACGUGAGUGACCAAUAAGAUACGUUUUAAUAGCAAUAAGAGCACCUCAGCCACAAGAGAAAUUACUAUUGGAAGAGUUUUGACUCCGGUGAAAGGUAAAGAACCCCUUAAAACCUAAUUCGGAGCUAGAGAUGCCAGGAUAAAGCCAGGUUUCAAUGACGGCAAUAACGUCGUAUGAAAUAAAAGAAAAAAAGGAUCAUCUAACAAUAAAAAGCUUAGUUCUAAGGCUAUGAACAUUUUAGUAAAAGAUAGAGAGGUUGCCAUUUACAGAAUUCUUAAGAAUUAAAUUAUCAAUAAAAGCAGUAGAAGUAUUCUAUUGAUUAUUAAAAACUACAGUAGAUACAGUUGCUGGUAGAAAUAUAUUUACUACAACGAGACCAUAACUUAGAAUUAAUAAUUGCUUUAGAAUGCUGGCAGACAAAAAAUAAAGAAAGGAAUCCUGACGAAAACGAUAAGAAAUCCAGACAUUGGAACCAAAACAUGUUUACUGCAUGACCCUUAGGGUGAACCUUAUUUUUCGCUUGUGAUUUUUUUCAGGUAACCCCCCCUAAACAGGUUCGAUUACUAAAAAAAACGCUACAAAAAAAGUUUNAAAUGAUAAAACCAAAUUAUUGUGACAGUGCAGUAAGUGUUUCUUUUUUGUGGUCAGGAUAUUUUUUACGGUAUCACUAACAACUUGUAGAAGGUAUUGUUUUUGAGAUUCGUUUUUGGUAAUUUUGUCAUUAUAGUCCUCUAUAAGUUUUACUCCUCUUUCUGCUACAUCGUUUAUUACUGGAAUAUUUUUUAUAACUAACAAAGCUUUAGAAUAGUCUUCAUUAUUUUCCCAAUUAAUUGGAUCUUCAUUCAACAAAAUGGUGUUGAUGGAAAAUCUUUUAAAUAGUGUUUUAGUAUUAACACAUAGAAAAUCAUCGAUUUCCUUUUCUAAUAACUCAUUUGCAUUUUUUGGCGAUAUAGUUAAACGUUGUGCAUUUGAAAUUAAUUCUGAUGAACUUUCGUCGUUGUUUAGGGCAUGAACCAUUUUUCUUUUUAUCUCCAGUGGCACAGCUUCAUCGAAAAAAGCAAAAGCACAUAAUUCUGCAGAUAAAUACCAUAAGUGACCACAAAACUUUUUAAUUACAAUCUGAGAUAUAUCCUUGUCUAUAGAAGUUUCCCACCCAGAAAAAUUAAUGUUAAUUCUAGUAACUCUCGGUAAUCAUCUCUUGGGUGAUUUUCUAAAAGUUGAUCUCUAGAAAAUUUGAUAAUAUCAUCACAUACGUUAUUUACAGAAUCCAUUGUAAUACUAUUUUGUAUGCCAAGAAUAUGGGUACUGGUAAAGUGCAUAUUAUUUAUUUGUGCAAUCGACCGAUAGCCGAUAAUGAUUUUUUUUUUUUUUACCUUUUAGUUCAAAUAUUUAAAAAAGCUUUAAAUUUAUAAUAUAAAUUAUAGAAAACAAACUAUUGUAAAUUUAAAUUUCUUUAAUUUAUAAUCUAACGAAUUUAUCGUGAGAUUCUUUUCUUUAGAGUUAAGUUGGUUUUAUAACAAAAACUUAACGAUUUUGAAAAAUUUUCUAUAUUUGUAACUUCAGUUACAAACUGCUGUUGUGGCACGGGUUAAAUUUAUUUGAUUUGUCUAAAACUUUAUUUAUAUCAUUAUUUUUAGUAAUGAAACUUAUUAGGGGGAAGUAAUUUGAAAAAUUUUGGUUUUUCAUACAUAAUAGAGGACCACCCUAAUGACCCUGCGAAGGAAAUUUAUGUACUGUUUUUUUUUAACGAUAACAAUAAAGAUAUUAACAUUUUCGAACCGACAUUAUUAACUUAUCAUGUGAACAUUCCAUUUCAAGAAUUUAUCAAAAUGUAUACCUAAAACUUUUUAGUAAUAAUAAACCUAAUAUUUGAACCUAUGUUAACAUAUUAACUCCAACAUUAACAAAAAAAAAGUACUAGAAUAAUGGAAACGGAUGCAGCUACCGUUAUAGGUAAUUUAAUGAAUCCGUAAGCACCGAUUAACCAUUGAAAAAAAAACCACAAAAAAACAAUUCUGAGAACAGUUCAGUUGACAGUCAUCAACACACAUUGUGAAUGUCAUAUUAUAGUAAAAUAAUUAAAUAAGGUUUUUAACUUUUUAAAUAUUGGUUGUCCCAUUACACUAUUUAAUUGGCUUUCAGUAGCUUGCAGUUAAAUGUCUACCGUCCAAUUUCCAACCAAUUUAUCCUAUUUUUUUUCAAUCCUCUCUAAUGUAUCAAAUAAUGUGCGGUUAUCGUACCUCAAUCCUGCAAUUUGCUUAUCUAUUGAAUUUACGUUACUAUCUAAAAAAAAUAAAAAGUAAUGUUUAAACACACAUUUUUUUACUAUAACAAUUAAAGUAUUAUAAAGAUCAAAUUACUAAACAAAUUUAAACUCAAUAUUCAUCACAGUUCAAAAUCGAAUUGUUUCAAAAUUUUACUGUAAAAUACUAUGAUUCUAAAAUUCUACUGUUUAAAAAUUAAAUGAAAUUACAAUGCUACAAUACUGUUAAUUAAACUAUAAUAGAUAGAAUGAUAGACAGACAGCAUUAUAAUACAUUAAAACUGUAUUUUAUUCCUUCUUGAAUUUGAUAUUAAAUAACAUAUGAANUUUUUGGCAUUUUAUAUAAAAUAAUAAUAAUUAUGAUUCUAAAAUUCUACUGUUUAAAAAUUAAAUGAAAUUACAAUGCUACAAUACUAUUAAUUAAACUAUAAUAGAUAGAAUGAUAGACAGACAGCAUUAUAGUACAUUAAAACUGCAUUUUAUUCCUUCUUGAAGUUGAUAUUAAAUAACAUAUGAACACUUUGAAUUACAUUUACCAUCUAAAAAUAUUAUUUAAAUUCAGCAUUAUUGUGUUUUACAAAAGUAAAGUACAUUUUAAGUAGGUACCUACAUUUAUAAAUAAUGUGUCCUGAUAGAUGUAUACAUACAAACUCAGUUAUGGAUGUUGUAUAGGUUGUAACUUGNUUAAAGAUAUAAAAUAACUUAUAAGAGUGUACAUGUAUACAUGUAUUAAAUUUAGCAUUAUUGUGUUUUACAAAAGUAAAAUACAUUUUAAGUAGGUACCUACAUUUAUAAAUAAUGUCUCCUGAUAGAUAUAUACAUACAAACUCAGUUAUGGAUGUUGUACAGGUUGUAGCUUGUAGGUAUAUGCAUGAAAAUGAAGACACAAUGUAAUUCUUCAAUUACAGAUAUGCAACAUAUUACAAAAUAUAGUACUUACUUCUGACGUUCAAAUAAAUAAUCACUUGUACCAAAUAAGAAAAAAAAAAAACUAUAUACUAGCUAUAAAUUAAUUAUUACUAGUCAAAUUAAGUAAAAAGUAGACUGGAUAUCUUAACGCGCAUUAAUCGUCAGUGCCAUAAAUGGGUUAUUACGAUUACGGAACGCAAUUCGUAGUUCGUACCGUUCAUAACUCGGCUUAUCGAUUGACGUGACAACGACAAUAUAUCACACUACAGAUAAUCGGUUCUAAAAAUACCUAUACCCUGUCCGUUAUCGCAAAUGUGCUCCCACUCCCGGUUAUCGGUACCGCUUCAUCCACUCACCCGCCUAUCAAUCUCGCCACCAUCGAUACAUAUGGUAUACAACAUACAUAGAGAACAAAAUCUCGAUAACAUUUUGUUUUAACGGCCUUACCGCAUAAAUUUAUUUAUUAGGAUAUCUAUGGAAAUCUACCGUUAAUUGUUAUCACUUUUUUUCUGUGAUAAUAUAAUAGGAGGGAUUAAACCUCAUUACAUCUAUGGAUUUGAAGUUCGCCCCCCUCAGAAUUAGGAUAUGUCCGCCACUGCCGCGUACACGUAUAUUCUCGCACAAAUGCUCUGUUUUAAUUUGAAUAACCGCUACGAUUAUCUUUUAAGUCGUGUAAUUUUUCAAUGUUGCCGUUAAUUUGACUGAAACAGUAUAUGCGUGUAUUUUACGAUUUAUUUGGCGAUAGGUAUUAUAGAUAUUAUAACUCGCCGUAUACACGACCAAAAUAAAAAUUUAUAAAUAAUACAAUAUUGUUAUUCGACCGUCGGUUUGUAAAACCCGUGGUUGUAAUUAUUUCCUUAUAUUUUAUAAUUAAUAAAUAUUUUUGGAUAACGUCUGAUGAUGAUGAAUAAUGNGCGAUCAUAGUGAUGGGCGAUUCAAAUUUAUUUAUUUCUUGUAUAAGCUAAUCGCAGAUCUCAGUUUAUCGCACGUGUAUAAGUACUAAACUACUAUGUAAGUACUUAAUAUAAUGUGUAGGUACUGUGUAACAACCAUUUUAUCAUAAAAAACACUAGCACACUAAUACAGUUCAAAAUACUGUUUGUCGCAUUACCCCAUCCCUCCAUCCGAUAUACACCAUAUAUUGUUACAGUACAGUGGUAUUGUAGGUAUACAUGCAGCAGUUCAUUGAUUAAAUCAUUUUUGAACUUACUCAAUAACAUGGUUAACAUUGCAAUUCUAUAUUAUAACAUUAUCCAAGAAGCAUUGGAAUUUCAAUGUUUGAUUUUCAAUCAGAUGAGAUGUAAAUAUGAUAUUGUUUUAUCAACGUUCGAUAAUUAUUAUAUUUUCAAUAUGAUUAUAUUAUUGAACAGCUAUAAGAAAAUCAAUGUCAAAAUUUCAAUCAAUAUGAGUAUGAAUACAAUAUUGUUUUGCUAACAUUGGAUUAUUAUUGUAUUUUCAACGUUUUAAUAUUAUUGAACUGCCAUUGAAAAUGUAAUAUUUAAAUUCUAAUUAAAAUGAAAUAAUUAUACAAUAUUGUUUAAAGAAUAUUGAACUGACAUAACAUAUUCAACAAUGUAUACAUAUUGAACCCAUGUUAUGAUUCAAUAUUUAAUAAUCAAUAUGAUGACAAUAUCACUAAGACAUUUAAAUUUUCAAUCUAAAAUCGAAAUAAUGAUACAAUGUCCAUAAAAUCUUAAAUUGGCAAUAUUGAUUUAUCAAUUAGCACUCAAUAUCCAUUUAAUAAUGACAUUGCAAAAUUGCUAUCUGAGAAAUUUUUCAGUAAUAAUAAACCUAAUAUUUGAACCUAUGUUAACAUACUAACUCAAACAUUAACAAAAAAGAAGUACUAGAAUAAUGGAAACGGAUGCAGCUACCGUUUUAGGUAAUUUAAUGUAUAUCUGUAAGCAACGAUUAACCAUUGCUUACAAAAAAACAACUCUGAGAACAGUUCAGUUGACAGUCAUCAAUACACGUUGUGAAUGUCAUAUUAUAGUAAAAUAAUUAAAUAUGCAUUAUUUAUUUUCUUUGAUAAUAUUUUUUUUAAUAUUGAACAGAUUGCCCCAUUUUUCUUUCGUUUUCCCAUAUCCUAUGUAUUUUUCUGGUUUUUCAAAUUUUCUAGACAAACUUGAGAAAAUCAAAAAAAAUAUUUCCCUAAUAAACCAUCCUAGUAAAAUUUCCUUUCAGAAAAAGUGCUAUCAUUGUAAAUUAAAGCAAAAUUGCGGGUAGAAAAGUUGUUCGCAGGAAAAGAGACCGAAAUAUUUUUGAACUAAUACCUACAUUUCGUACAUUUUCCGUUUUUUCGAAAUGUUAUCCCGAUUUUUCCUAGAUCAUAUGCAAAUCGCUUGAAAAAUCAAAAAAUGACCUCCUUAAAUUAACAUGGAGAUAAAAUUUCCUUUCAGAGAGUAAGGUACACAUGAUAAAUUAGAGUAAGAUUUCUGGUAGCAAAGUUUGCACAACAAGUCUAAGGUUAUUUUGCGAUUAAAAUAAAUUUAUAAAUUAAAUAAAUUAAAAUAGAUUAAAAUAAAACAAGCGAUGACUUUGAUCUCUAGAUAUGCUCAAACUGCAUUUGUUUUUUUUCUUGUUUAGAUAAAAAGGGGGAGGGGGUAAACGCAAAAUAUUUUGUUAGAAACCCUAAUUUGAACUCAUGAUACUUAGAAUAACAAGAAGUAUAUUGUAUAACCAUAUAAAUUAGAUCACGAUAAACAAUCUUUAAAAAAUUAUUUAACAUAACAUAUAAUAUCAGUCCGCUCAGUUCUAAUUUCACCAACGUUCCUAAAUCAAUAAAAAUAUAAAAACAUUUUUCAUCUAUACAUUAGGGAGACAAUUUUUCGAUUUUCUCAAAAGUUUUCCCAGUAAAUGUGAAUAAACACGGGAAAAACGUAAAAAAAACUGGGAAAUCGGUACAACAUUAAACAAAUAUUAUUAAAGAAAAUAUAUAAAGCCUAUUUAAUCAUCUUAUAUAAUAAAAUGAUAUAUAUAUAUUGUUCACAAUGCAUCACUAUCUACUGCACUCCGCUCAGAAUGGUUUUUUUGCAAGCAAUAAUUUAUCAUUGCUUAUAGGUAUACAUUGAAUUAUCUCGAACAGUGGCUGUCCCAUUAUCCUAGGACGUCUUUUUUUUAUAAUGUACAUUAAAAGGUCGGCGUCUUGUUUGAUUAUACAUUUUUUCUCUAACUCUUCUAGUUGUAUUAAUACCCAAAGAUAUUCACUUACAUUUAUUAUUAUUGUUCUUUUUCUUAAUAUGUGAGUAAUAAUUUGAAGAUGAUACAAUUAAAUCAUUAAUUUUUUUUAUUAAAAGUAUCAACUGUGCUACUAACAUUUUUAUUUUUUAGUAGAAUAUUUCAAUCUUACAUUCUAAUUAACAUAUUUCAAUGCUAUAUGUAGGUGAGCAAUACAUGUAUUCAAAUGACUUACUAGGAUUAUUACAAGCAGAGUAAAAAUUAUUGCUACAUAAGAUAAUCAGCCAUUCAGAAAUUCAACUGUUUCAAUGUUAUUUGUUAAAAUAUCAAUAUUAAUAUCAUUACGCAAGAAAUGAUUAUGGAUUUGAUUAAAAUUUGAUAAAUAUUUGUUUAGAAAUUGAAAUCUGAAAUAAUUUCCCAAUCUAAUCAAUUAAACUCAAAAAUAAAACUUUUACUUAGUUUAAUUUCUGGAAAAACUUUUGCCCAAUCAACCUUACCUUUAAGCUUUCAAAUAUCAUCCUCGGUUAUUCAUUUAGAUUCCAUUUAAUUAUACAUAAUUAUUUUUAAAUUUUUAAUAUAUAAUUUUAAUUCUUUUUUUUCCCUAGCGUUAAAAUUUUGUUUUCUGCAACUUCUCAUUAUAAAAACUUCUCUCAAUGAUUUCAUUAUUUUAAUUUUUAAUUUUAUAAGUAAUUGGAUUUUUGCCUAAUAUUUCUGUUACAAAACACAUUUCUCGAGUUCAAUUAGAAUUAUAUUUGGUGUCAAACUUUUUUUGAACUUUUUUAUUCUUACUCCAUCGCCAACGCUAAAUUUAAUUUUUGAUUUAGAUAUUUCAUUAGGUAAUAAGUUAAGUAAAACUUUUUCUUCAUAAAACUUGUUUAAUUAAAACAAUCAAAAACCAGUUAUAUCUUCUGAAAUCAGGUCCGUCCAGGAACUCGUCUUAUCAAUCACCAAUGAUUUAGAACUCGAUUCCGCCGCAAAAAAACUCUCCGUCCAAGAACCCGCCUUUUCAAUAACUGAAUCUGUUAAUAUUAUUGAACAUGAUAUUGGCGAAGGAAACAAUCAAAAAUCAGUUAUAUCUUCUGAAAUCACGACCGUCCAGGAACCCGACUUCACAAACACCGAUGAUUUAGAACCCGAUACCGCAGCCAAAAGCAUAUUCGUCCAAGAACCCGUCUUUUCAAUAAUUGAAACUGUUGAUAUCAUAGAACAUGAUAUUGACGAAGAAAACAAUCAAAACCCAGUUAUAUCUUCUGAAAUCACGUCCGUCCAGAACCCGCCCCCACAAAUUAUUGCGUCGAAAUGCCGCAACACCGAAAUACCGAACUUUGGCGCCCGUGAUAUCCACUUGCACCUGGAUAAGGAAAAACAUCAUUAA